UUUUGAAGUACGAAGUGUUAAGAGACCCUUCGUGUUUAUAUUUUCUUCACUGUUUCUUUUUUCUUUUUUGUUCACGUCUGUUUUCUGUAACAUUUACUAAAGACUGUCACUCUGAUAUAAUGAAAACUGUAUUCGUAACUGUCGGGACGACGAGUUUUGAUGAUCUGAUUGGCGCUGUGACUUCAGAUGAAUGCGUGAAGGCAUUAAUCGACCGUGGCUACACAGACGUGGUGCUUCAGGUUGGCAGAGGCUCAGUUGUUCCUGAUCCAGACAGCUGUCCAGGACUGACACUUCAAGUGUUUCGUUUCAAAGACUCAAUCGCCGAGGACAUGAGACACUCAGAUCUGGUCAUCAGUCAUGCUGGAGCAGGAAGCUGUUUGGAAGCACUUGGAGCAAAUAAACCUCUCCUCGUUGUGGUCAAUGAUAAAUUAAUGGACAACCACCAGCUGGAGCUCGCAAAGCAGCUGCAGGCAGAUUCACAUCUUAUCUACUGCACUUGCAGUACUCUGCCUCAGACUUUGAGGGAUAUGGAUCUGUCUGCUUUGACAACCUACGUGCCUGGUCAACCGGAGAACUUCGCCAGCUUUUUAGAUAAGGCCAUUGGACUUGUUUGAGAGCUCUCUCUUGAACCGGGACGGUUACUGAUGAGAAUUUGAGCACAGGCUGAACCUGUUUUAAUGAGAAAACCUGCAUUGGACCCUCAGGAGUCGGGUGUUUGAGAAGAACUGGUUCUUACCUAACUAAUAAUUGACCUUCGAAGAUAAAUUCACUGAAGUGUAUAAUAAUGGUAUGGUGCAUCUGUAUUAUGCAGUGCUGUCUUUUUUGACACAUUAUUUGU